CACACUAUUUUACAGCAACGCUGCGGCAGCAACCACUGUUCUUUUCAGUAUAAAUCAAUGUCACUCAAAACUGGGUUGUCAAAGCGUGGUGCACAAACUUCGUCAGUUAAGCAGCGCCGUUUUGGCUGAUUUGAAAUUCAUCUGAAGUUCCGCAGUGGGCUUUCUCUUGCUAAAAAUAUGUUCUCACGGCGCUUUUUUUAUGUAGCUUUUUGCUAUACGGUCUUGAACGCGUGGCCAGCAGGAGUGAAAGCAGAGGAUCCGGUUUCCGUGCCACUGCCGCACAGCGACUGCACACGAACAACCAAUGGAACUAUCGUGGAAUGCAUUCGCAGUGAUAAUUAUACUAUUCCCGGCAACUUCGAUGUCACCUUAUUUCCCACGGAUGUGACGACCAUCAUGGUGGGAAAAGUGAGCGUUAACCCCACUGGAAGAAAAACGAACACCAUUCACAAUGACGCUCCACCUUUACCGGCAGAUUUAAACGCUUUGAGAACCGUCUCUCUGUUCCACUUCCAAGGAACGAACGGAACGCGUGUCCCCUUCGAGGCCUUCUUAGUCAACGUCAGAGACCGGCUCACUGCUUUGCAUUUCAAGUACUGUCGUAUUGGUACACUCGGCGCCAACUUCCUUAACGGAUUUGUACAGCUACGUAUCCUUGACCUUAACGACAACGAUAUCAGCCAGAUCCAUUUGGAUGCUUUCGAAGGACUACCCAGUUUACCACAAUCAGGCCCUGUGCUUCUGGACACACUUCAGCUAGCGCAAAAUCAGAUCACCGCUGUGGAUUGGACAGUUUUUGCCCCGGUUGCGAACUCGUUGUCACAACUCGCGCUGGAAUCGCAGAAAGUUCGAAGUUGAGUACACUGAGCUUAAGCGAACCUUACCAGUUCACCCAGUUGCUGGUCGUGGAUCUGAGUGGGAACUCAUUAAAUUUCCUCUCCCGGCCGAUUCUCGACACCGUACCCAUAACGAACGACUCGGUUAUUAUACUAUACGAGAACGCUUUCUGCCCAACCGAUACUAGCAGAACGUGCGCUUGUUGCGCUGCCAAGGAUUUUGUGAGUUGGGCGCAUGAGCUGACCAACCUAACGGAGGCGCAACGACCGCAAGUAAUGAUUUUUUCCUGUGGGACGACCAGCACGGCAGAGUACUGGUCCGUGGAGUCGACUGGGAAGACCUGCCAUCGUUAGAACAGUAUACAUGCUGCAGCAAUCCGGCGGCGCAGGAUUGCAUUACGACCACACCCACGCCCCGUACCACGGUCCGUACCACGGCUCGUACCACGGCCCGUACCACACUCCGCACCACGCUCCGCACCACACCGGCGCCAACCAAACCGACGGAAGAGGAUGAUGAUACAACGAAGCCAUUCAAACCAGAAGGCCCAGGUGGCGCUGCAGCGACCGAUCAUCGUACCAUAGACCUAUGCUGAGCGUAUUUCUGGCUGCUUUGCUACUCCUGCAUUGGUAAUCGAAAGGUCACGCUUUGAUCCGAAUUGAUUUCUGCGCGACGUACGUGGACAAUGCGAAUUUGUUUGGCUACAGCGACUACAGCUCAUAGAUAAUCGCCGUCAUAAGGAUAAUUCGGCAGUUCGAGAUAUUCUGUCUAGGGUGUGCAAUCAGUUAUGGCGGUGAGAAACGUCUUUUGUGCUUUUGCUAACUCUUGGUUAUUCUGUUAUCUGUUAAGUUGUUAAUAUAGCGAAAAUUACGAACCCAAAUAA